AUGCGUAGCAUCCUUUUCCCUUCUUCCAUAUGUAUAUUUGCCUGGGCCUCUGCCCCUAAACGCAUCGGACAUGAUCCUCUCCACAGUGCAUAUAAAAUAGAUAGCGAGCCGCUAGCGAUGGAGGUGGAUGCUGAUCUUGGUUCCGUAUCGGCUGCAUUUCGCGGCACCGAGGAGUACGCCGCUGCGUUUGACUUGGAGGUGUGGAAGGCGCAGCAGCAGGCGCGACUGCGAAGUGAGUUGAACGAGGAGAAGACACGGCUGCGGAGGGAAUUGGCUGCGGAGGUGCGAAAAAAGGAGGAGGAGCGUCUAGGCGAGUUGGAUGCAUUCCGCCAGGACCUGGAGCAGGUGGCACGACGGCUGCAGCUGCGGGAGGAAACGCUGCAGAAGCGCAUCUUACAGUUCGAGACGCGUGAGGCGGUGUUUGAAGCGCGGCGGGUGAAGGUUGCGGAACAGCACGAACAACACCUGCUCUCGGUUGAGGACCGCACACGCCGGCAGCUGGAGGAGGCCGUGGUGCGUGAGGGUCUGCUCCAGGCACAACUGCGGGAGCGUGAGGGCAUCGUCGCCCGCCUCGAGGAGAAGCUUCGGGCGGCGGAGAGCGAGCACGACACAAUGCAACGAUGCCUGGCUCGCACCGUCGCGGAAGACAGGGACAAGAUGCAGGUGAUGCGGUUGGAAGAAACGUCGGCCGCAGCCAAUGCGGCGGUGACUAUGCUGCAGCUAAAGUUAAAAGAGCGCGAGACGGAAUUAGCGUUGACACGGAAGGAGCGCGACCAGUUCCAGGAGGCGGCAAAACAGUGUCGGAGCGAGUUGUGUCAACUCACCCGCCGUUACAGUGAACUACAGCAGCGGUGGCACCAGCGCGAGCGGACGCUGCUGGAUGACGAGCACCGACGGCUGGAGGAAACCAAGCGGCAGCAUCAGCUUCUCGCACUUCAGACCGGGAGCAGGGCAAGAAGCAUUCAUCGCUGCGACCUGCUCGGUCUUCAGGCUGCUGAAGGUAUUGUUUCGAAGGCAGUUAAAGACGAGCUUGCCACUCGCGGCAAUCCCGCUGCUGACCCCAGUGCAUUCCUCAAGGAGCUACAAGCUGAGGUAGCGCAGGGUCUACGUGAGCUUCGGACCAGAGAAAAAAAGAAGGGAAGGAAGGCGAAGGCGAGCGGCGCCACCUCCGCGGGGCCAGGCGUAAUCUACGCCGAGGUGUCACCACCACGCCAGGGGGUGCGUCCCUCAUACGUACGAAGGAGUGAUGGGGUUGCUGUUAGAGAAGAGGCUGCGGAACCGGGGCGGCACCGGCCGCAUGAGGUCUUGCAGCUGCCAGCGACCCGUGAUGACGCUGCUAACUCAACGCUUUCGUCUCUGACGCAACGCGGGAGUGAGGGGCAGCGAGAGUCGACGGAGCCGUACCACAGUCCGCUAGAGGAUAAGCCCCAAGUAAGCGGGAUGGAGGAGGAGGAGGCCGACGUUGAUGUUUCCUCGUCUUACUGCUACGCAGACGUGGAGUCGUGGAUUGCGGAAAGGGAAGAGCUUCGUGACAUGCCGAAAUAUGAGGUGGUAAAAGAUGUGGCGCGGAGUUCGUUGCCUCCUCUCCCAUCCACCGCGGCCGCAUCGCCGCAGCCCACUCCGCCGUUGCCGGAGGAUUUUCUUCAGGCGUCGCGGGCGACCCUUCCGUCUGCCUCACAGGCAUCUACCCGGGAAGAAAUGGCGGCGUUCGUCAAUAAGCUGCGUGUGAACAAGCAGCGGCUGAUUGAGUCGGGCGUGUACACGGAGGAUGACACCCUUUUGAGGGAGAUGACCGACAAAAUCGCACUAUACGAAGAUUUCUUGCUGCGGCAUUUCUGA